AUGGCUUCAAAUUUAUAUGAUUUGGAUUCAGUGAUCGAUGAGAAGGUCAAUCAGUUGAUAAAGGGUCUGUUUGAUAAGGUAGAGGGGAAGACCCCCAACACUGGUCAAGUUAUAAUACGAUUCUACGAUGGGAAAUUAUUAAAAGGUAGAAAGUUGUCUGGAGGUUCAGUAGAUACUGGUGGAGGUGGAGGUGGAUGGUUUAGUGCAGGUGCAUCUACUACCUCCAAGACAAAUGAUAAUGCAUGGGAGUUAUGGACUAUAACAGUCGAAUGUUUACCUAUAGAGGAACACAAGGAAGCUUCAUCGGGAAGUACCAAAGAGAUAAAUGGAAAUAUCAAAUUAUCUAUCAAGAGUUUUGAAGAUAAUUUAAAUCAAAUAUUUACUACAGUAGAUACACAUAAGGAUCAUAUUCCUCCAAUAACAUCAACAGCAAGUGUAACAUUUCCUUAUACUAUCACAAUAGAUACAGGUAUCCCACCCAGGAUAUCAGCUGAAGAAGUCACCAGUAGCCAGCCACCGCCACCAUCCACUACAAUGGGCCAGUGGUGGAAGUGA